AUAUUUGUAUGUAGCAAGAAAUUUGACUUAGAAUACGUUUCUAUUCAUAUUAAUAAUUAGAUCUAUCAGAGAGAGAGAGAAAGAGAAGUGAAAUGAAAUUAAUCUUGUGGUUAUUUACUGCUGGACUAUUUCUUAUGAUUCAGAUGUGUUUGUUACGGAGAUGUCCUGAAUCGUUAUCUACUAUACAAUAUGUGGAAUCCUGUCCAACAAAUGAGCAAGACUGGAGAUAUAGAGAGAAAUUAAAAAAAACUGUCGCAACAUACAACAACACUGUACAUUACCAGAGCGUUUUAUGUAUCACUGCACAGUCAAUGAAUGGAAGAACGCCACACUUGAGGUUUGCGCACCAAUGAGAAUAGUUUUUGGUCAUUGUGUGGAGUUUAAUGUGAGAGCUGCUAGAAUCCAACACAAUCGCCAGUCCUGCAGAAGAUUUACUAACCCUUGUCCAGUUCAUUAUGAUUCAACAGAUGUGUACAAAUACUCAAAAUGCUUUAGAAUUCAACAGACUUCAGAGUUAAAUCCUGAAAUCAUAUCCUUUGAUGAUGAAUCAAACAAUUCUGCUAUUUCUGCAAGAAAGGAUGAAAUUUUUGCUAAUGAACACUUGGAAGAAAACACCGAAAAGGGACACGGAAAUGGGGCUGAAAAACUAAUGAAAAUGAACCAAAUGUUGUCUAUAAUGUUGUUUGAAUUUGCUUAUGUUCUAUAUAUCACUACAGGUGUAUUUAAUUUUAAUGAGCCAUUUUUUUUUCUAUUUAAUAUAUUUUCGAAUCUAUAUUAGUCAAUACAAACGCUAUAUUUCCACCUAUUUAUUAAAUAGAGGAUAUUGAAUGUUUUGUGCUUGAAUACGGAAUUUAUUUCACGAGUAG